AUGGAUGGAAUUCCUUCCUGGGUUCUCCUCAUUUUCACCUUUCUAAUCAUCUUUCCCGUGUCAAAUUCAGAGGAAGAAAAUGUAAAGCAGGCCUUGGUGCAGUUCAUGGCCAAACUUUCACCGGGAAAUGGCCAAAACAACCGGAACUGGGGUUGGAACAUGACAUCAGACCCCUGCAAAGACAGAUGGGUGGGUGUGGUCUGUGACAGCCGGUUGCAAACUGUUAAGAAGAUAGUUCUUGAUAGGUUCAAUUUCACUGGAACUCUUGAUGCUUCUUCUUUAUGCAUGGUAAAGUCUCUUACUCUCUUGAGCGUGAGAUCAAACAACAUUGUUGGGAUUCUACCUGAAGAGAUGGGAAAUUGCACCAGCUUAACUCACUUGUACAUAAGUGAGAACAACUUUUCAGGUGCCAUUCCUGAGGCUCUUUCAUUAUUGAAUAACUUGAAAAGGUCUGAUAUAUCAAACAAUCAAUUCUCUGGUGGGAUUUCUACCAUGUCCAGAAUUUCAGGCCUGACGUCAUUCCUUGCUCAGGACAAUGAGCUUACUGGGAAAAUACCAGAUUUUAAUUUCUCCGAUCUUCAGCAAUUCAAUGUCUCUAACAACAAUUUCAUCGGUCAAAUUCCUGAUGUACAAGGUAGGUUUGGUGCAGACAGCUUUUCUGGUAAUCCUGGACUAUGCGGAAAGCCAUUACUAAAUGCAUGUCCACCCUCAGCUGCACCCCCAUCUGCAGAACCAUAGAAAAAACCUUAAUGUUCUGAACACACUGCCUUCGUCGGUCCAUCAUAGACCUAAUACAAACAUGUCGAUCCCACCUAUUUUGUCUACGAGUUCCAUUAUGCAUAUAGUGUCUUGGGU